CAACGUGGUACGACGGCCACGUAGAAGUACCGGUACUCUCUUGAGGUUCGGCUUGUCUUCGGUUUGCCUAACCAUCCAAGAUGGCGGCGCUUCUGGGACUGCGCGCAUGUUUCUCCGCCCUUCAGCUGUCCUCGCCGAGCCUCCUGCACAGCUCCUUCAAACUGUGUGCUGUGCCCCUGAGUCGGCGGACCUUUGCUGCAGAGGCCAAGAAGACGUACAGCAGGGAAAAACCCCACGUCAACAUCGGAACAAUUGGUCACGUUGAUCACGGCAAGACAACCCUGACCGCAGCCAUCACAAAAGUGCUGGCUGAGGCUGGUGGUGCCAACUUUAAAAAGUAUGAGGACAUUGACAAUGCCCCGGAGGAGAAGGCUAGAGGGAUCACCAUCAACGCUUCUCAUGUAGAAUACACCACAGCCAACAGACAUUACGCUCACACGGACUGUCCUGGUCAUGCUGACUACGUUAAGAACAUGAUAACUGGCACAGCCCAGAUGGACGGCUGCAUCCUCGUGGUGGCGGCCACCGACGGCCAGAUGCCCCAGACGCGAGAGCAUCUCCUGCUGGCGAGGCAGAUUGGCAUCGAGCACGUGGUGGUUUUCAUCAACAAGGCCGACGCCGUGGAGGAUAAGGAGAUGGUGGAGCUGGUGGAGAUCGAGAUCCGCGAGCUGCUUACAGAGUUUGGCUACGAUGGCGAGAACACGCCUGUCGUGGUGGGCUCGGCCCUCUGUGCCCUGGAGAACAGAGAACCUGAACUAGGCGUAAAUGCAGUGAUGAAUCUGCUGGAGGUUGUGGAUUCUUACAUCCCUCUCCCCAAACGAGAGCUCGAAAAACCGUUUCUUCUGCCCAUUGAAGGGGUCUAUUCAAUCCCAGGCCGAGGUACCGUGGUGACCGGCACUAUGGAGAGGGGAAUCAUCAAGAAAGGAGACGAGUGUGAGUUUGUGGGCCACAAUCGCAGCUUCAAGUCAGUAGUUACAGGUAUUGAGAUGUUCCACAAGUCUCUGGACCGGGCUGAAGCUGGAGAUAACCUGGGUGCUCUGGUCCGAGGACUAAAGAGGGAGGACCUAAGGAGAGGGAUGGUGUUGUGCAAACCCGGAUCCAUCAAGCCACAUCAGAACAUCAAGGCCCAGGUGUAUGUCCUGAGUAAGGAGGAGGGAGGCAGACACAAACCGUUCGUCACCAACUUCAUGCCCGUCAUGUUCUCUCUAACCUGGGACAUGGCCUGUGGAGUCACUCUGCCCAAGGACAAGGAAAUGGUGAUGCCUGGCGAGGACACGGCCCUGAUGCUCACGCUCCGCCAGCCGAUGGUGGUGGAGAAAGGCCAGAGGUUCACCCUGAGAGACGGAAACAAGACCAUCGGCACCGGCCUGGUCACAGAACUCCUGUCGAAUGUCGAUGACCAGUUUAACUGGGGCUGAAGGGAAACUCUGAGGGGAGGGGAGGGGGGGGGGGGGUGUGUGAUUGUCUGUGUCUGGUCAAAUAAUUAUACAAAUAAAGAACAUAAAUCCUUUACACAAACCUCAACCAGGAAAGGACUGAAAGGAAUUUGUGGCUCUGUUGUGCAGGUUCACCCAACCAAAAUACCUGAGAUGUUUAGCUCUUUCUUUAUGUUAAAAUGCCAGACUGUCCGAUUAUGACAUUUAUGUAAUAAAAUGUAUUUAAUAAGAUAA